AUGGCAGUUCGCGCAAUCUUGAUGCUGCUCCUGCAUACCGGUAUCAGCUUUAGUUGGCCAACCGUGGAGAGACAAAUCUCUUCCGACAAUUCGUCAGAGUGUAUUCGCAAUUGUUAUGCUGAACCUCAAGGCGAAUCUGCAGUAUACGGAUGGGUUAGCCCUGUAGAUGACUUGCCAGAAUCCGGAGCGAUACCAAACAUCCCCCAAAUCGAAUGGUCCUCAUUCACGGCAACCGUAAUCACACAAAUCAACACGGUGGUAUAUACCACGCAGGUCGUGACGCAUAUGCCAGAUGACUGGACACCGCCGGAGACCAACGCGGAGGGCACGCAGAUACAGCGUAUUACAUAUGGCGAUGGCCUUACCACAACAAUCGCGUUUCCCACUGCGUUCAUCGCAUGGCCCAACGAUUAUGCAUGGAGCGGCACAGGCUGGGACGCAGAUGCCAGCGCCUGUGUGACUGCGACAACUUCAUCGACAUCGGUGCUCACCAGGCCGGGGCCCCAACCGACUGACGCUAUCGAUAUGAGAUACAUUAGGUAUCGAAACUCAACAAAACCAUACAGUGAUCCAAAAGGAUUAUUCGCGCACCCCUUCAACUUCUAUGGAGGUGGCAAUUGGCUGUUUUGGGACAGUAAUUCUGUCGAGAGUCUCAACUUCACUGGGCAUAAACUCCUCGAGUCGUGUAUCGGUGGAGCGGACGGAGGGCCAAACUGGGGAGGAAUGCUAACGUCAUGGGCCAUAUCGACCUCGACAGUAUACACUAGCUGA